AUUGGAUAAAAUCGACGUCGAGGGGGCGCUGAUAUACGAGUUGGAAAAGAAACGAAUCGGUGAGACGUUAAUGGCGAGUUUUGAAUUUUUGUGAAUCGAAGUUGGAUUCUUUUUGACUAAGUAACCGAAUGAUUGGCUACGAAUCGAUGUAUUUAAAUCGUUAGGAGUGCUGGCUGUGGAAAGACGUCGUCAACCAUCCAAGUCGUGUGUUGUUUACUUGUAACGGUGAUUUUUAUAAUUUUAGAAUGGAUGAGGAGGACAUCACCAAAUUGUCGAUCGAAGACAGAUGUCAACAUAAGGUGUGGAAGGUCAGAGUUAAUGGCUAUGAAGAGGCAUCCAAGUUAUUUAAUAAUCAGCGCGAUGAAAAAAGUCCAGAAUUCCAAAAAUAUUUAGGUUUAGUCAAGAAAUUUGUCGUCGAUAAUAAUGUGGUGGCUCAGGAAAAGGGAUUGUGUGCCGUGUUGGCUUAUGUGGAAAAUGCGGCCUGCGCCGGUAGAACCUGUGGCGAGGUCAUGAACGGCAUCGUGACUAAAUGCAUGGGAGCUCCGAAGGCAAAGACUAAAGAAUUGGCACUUGACAUUCUAAUGAUGUAUAUAGAAAUAGAAAAACAAGAUGUAGUGCAAGAAGAACUAUUAAAGGGACUUGAAAAUAAAAAUCCGAAAAUAGUUUCCAGUUGCACAUUUGCUUUCAGAGAAAGUCUCAAAUGCUUUGGUUUGCAUGUCGUUAAUAUAAAGCCGUUAAUUAAAGUUCUACCGAAACUUUUUGAAGACAGAGAUAAGACCGUGAGGGAGGAAGCCAAGUUACUUAUGGUAGAAAUCUAUCGAUGGAUUAAAGAUGCCAUUAGACCUCAGCUGCAGUCGUUAAAGCCGGUUCAGAUAACUGAAUUGGAAGCGGAAUUUGAGAAAGUCGUCCGAGAUAAACCGGUGCCUACUCGUUUUCUUCGAUCUCAACAGGAAAUACAGGCGAAAGCUGCUCGGUCUGAAGAAAAGUCGGCAUUUGACGACGAGUGUGUGCCGGUUCGGCAAGAGAUCGAUCCGUUCGAUUUGAUCGAAGCCGUCGACAUAUUGUCGAAACUGCCAAAAGAUUUUUACGAAAGGUGCGAAGCGAAAAAGUGGCAGGAACGAAAGGAGGCCGUCGAACAACUAUUUCAGUUGACGUCGAAGCCGAAAUUGGAAGCCGGUGAUUAUAGUGACUUAGUUAAAGUACUUAAAAAAUUUAUAAGCAAAGACACCAAUGUGUUAGUUGUGGCUUUAGCGGGAAAAUGUUUGGCUGGAUUAGCAAAUGGACUUCGUAAAAAAUUUCAACCUUAUGCUGGCCAGUGUAUUCCGGUCAUCUUAGAAAAAUUUAAAGAAAAGAAACAAAAUGUGGUCCAAGCCCUUCGUGAAGCAAUUGAUGCCAUUUACGAAUCAGUAAGUCUCGAAUUUAUUCUAGAUGAUACUGUCAAUGCAUUAGAUAAUAAGAAUCCACAAAUAAGGGCUGAAACUGCAGCCUUUCUUGCAAGAUGUUAUUGUAAGUGUACACCAAUGAUUCUUUCUAAGAAACUAUUAAAACCUUUUUGUGUAUCACUUAUCAAAACUUUGAAUGAUACCGAUCCGUCUGUAAGAGAAGCUUCGGCCGAUGCUUUGGGAACGGCUUUGAAGGUUGUUGGAGAAAAAGCAAUGGCACCUUUUCUUCAGGAAGUAGAUUCAAUCAAAAUGGCUAAAGUGAAAGAAAGCUGUGAGAAAGCAGUAAUUGUUGCUCCUCAAGUUCCCAUUAAAGAAAGUAAACCGUUGGGUCCACCAAAAGUGCAGAAAGGACCGCGUAUAACUAUUCCCUCCGACAGUGGAAAAGACGAUAGUACUACUAUACCGACAUCAAAACGAAAUGAAUCCAUUUCAAGAAUUAAGAGUGCAACAUUUACUAAAAGUUCAAAAAAAGCCAUCAUGGCUAGGAAAAAUAUUACCGCUCCACCACCCUGUGAUGGUCAGAAAGAAGUUUUUAUGGAAAAAGAACUCAAUGAUGAUGAAGUAAUGAUGCAGGCUAGUGAGUUACUUGGAGAUGAAGUAAUAAAUGGAUUAGGAAAUACUAACUGGAAAGAGAGAUUAAGUGCAACAGAAAAAUUUCUGGAGAUAGUCCAGAAUAUGAAUAAAGAAAAUAUUCCAGCACAAGUCUUUAUAAAAAUUUUAGCUAAGAAACCUGGAUUUAAAGAAAAUAAUUUUCAGGUCUUAAAAUUAAGAUUUGAUUUAUUAAUAUACAUAACUGAAAAUGCAUCUGUAUCUAAAGUUACAGUAGAGACUUGUUUAUCUGAUAUAGUGGAUAAAAUUGGAGACCCAAAAAAUGGUUCAACUGCUGCAUUAGCAAUUACAACUUUUGCAGAAGCUACUAACUUAGAAUACAUUAGUCAGGAAGUUUUGCAGCAUGCUUUUUCUCAAAGAAAUCCAAAAAAUCAUUCCGAAGCUAUAUUGUGGUUAGCAAAUGCUAUCAAAGAAUUUGGCUUAAAAGUAAAUGUUAAGACUGUAAUAGAUUAUUUAAAGAAAGCUUUUGCUUCUACAAAUCAAACGGUGAGAAAUUCUGCACUUGUACUUCUUGGUUCAAUGUAUCUAUAUGUAGGAAAAUCAUUAAGAACAUUUUUUGAAGAUGAAAAACCAGCAUUAUUACAAUUAAUUGAUAAUGAAUUAACUAAACUUCAAGAUGCAAAACCUCCACCACCAACAAGAGGUUUAAAUUAUAAAAAUCUCAAUAAGGAAGAGAAUGAGAGAGAGGAACAAGCAGUGAUUCCUUCACAAGUCAAUUUGACUGAUAUCAUUCCAAGGACUGAUAUAAGUGAUCAGAUUACAUCCAGUUUACUAACUGAAUUGUCAGAUAAAAACUGGAAAGUACGAGGGGAAGCUUUACAAAAAUUAUCUACCAUUGUGAAUGAGGCUAAAUUCAUUACUCCUAAUUUGGGAGAUUUGCCUCAUGUUCUGAAAGCUCGUUUAACAGAUUCAAACAAGAAUCUUUCGAUUCAGUCUUUGAAUAUUUGUCAAAUGUUAGGAACUGCAAUGGGUCCUCACUGCGUGAAACAGUUGCGUAAUUUUGCACCAGGAAUGCUUGCAGCUUUUGGCGAUAACAAAACGACAGUUAGAAAUGCUGCUAUUUCUUGUUUGAAUACUUGGAUGGAACAUUGUAAUUUAGCUAUGCUUUUUGAAGGAGAGACAGUAAGUGAUGCUCUUCGCAAUGAAAAUCCAUAUUUAAGAAUUGAAUUACUUGGGUGGUUAUCGGAAAAGCUUCCUGAAGCCAAAUCUUUGCCAAAUGCAGAAUUAACUCUUUGCAUACCUUAUAUUCUUUCCAGUUUGGAAGAUCGUAAUGGGGAAGUGAGAAAAAAAGCUCAAGAAAGUCUUUUACCCUUUAUGAUUCAUGUUGGUUUUGAAGCUAUGUCUCGGGCUGCUGGAAAAUUAAAACCGGCAUCGAAAAAUACUGUGAUGGCACAGUUAGAAAAAGUUCGUACUGCUUUGCCAGCUAAGCCAGUUUCCAAGCCUAAGAUAGGAGUGCCAAAAAUUUCAAAUACAUCACCACCCUGCAAUCAGUCAGUUUCUCCAAUUAAUUCCACAGAAAAUUUGGCAGAAGAAAAUGUCGUAGUCACAGGAAAAGGCAGACUUAACAGAAGUACUUCAAAAUCCAAAUUAGCAUUAAAAGCAGCUAAUACAGCCAAUGUGAAAAGUAACAAAAAAGAACAAGAAGAAGAUACUUCACCUGCACUUGUUGCAAAUAAUUUAAAAGAUCAACGUAUGAAUGAUGAAAGAGCAUUAAAAGUCCUGAAGUGGAAUUUUACUACUCCAAGAGAAGAAUUCUAUCAACAGCUAAAAGAUCAAAUGACAGCAGCUAAUUGGGGUAGGACUCUUUUAGUUAAUUGUUUUCAUAAUGAUUUCAAAUAUCACAUAAAAGCUAUUGAUACUCUUAAUGAAUGUUUAUCUGGAAGCACAGAUGCCACUGUAGCAAAUUUAGAUCUCAUUUUGAAGUGGCUUGCUUUAAGAUUUUUUGAUACCAAUCCCAGUGUUAUUAUUCGUGGAUUAGAAUAUCUACAGCAAUUAUUUAAUUCACUCGUUAACUUGGGGUAUCGUAUUCUGGAGCUUGAAGCUGUGUCCUUUGUGCCGUACCUCAUUUUAAAAAUGGGUGAUCCAAAAGAUACUGUCCGGAAAGGUGUUAGAGAAAUUUUAAAAUUAAUGUGCCAAAUUUAUCCUUCGAGUAAAAUAUUUUCCUACAUCAUGCAAGGUUUGUCAACAAAAAAUUCAAGACAGAGAACUGAAUGUUUGGAGGAACUGGGUUUCAUGAUUGAAAGCUAUGGAAUGGCUGUGUGCCAACCAUCUCCUGCCGCUGCACUAAAGGAGAUAGCCAGACAUAUUGCCGAUAGAGAUAACGGUGUUCGAAAUGCAUCGCUAAACUGUGUUGUUCAAGCUUACUUCUUGGAGGGAGAAAAAGUAUAUAAAUUUGUGGGACAAUUAUCAGAUAAAGACAUGAGUUUAUUAGAAGAACGAAUCAAGCGUUCUAGAUUACGUGGUACUUCCAAUUCAAGAGAAAAUCAGAGAGAUGGUAAUUCUACUUCACCACAGACAAACAAAAUUAGUCCACCAACUCAACAGCCAGCUGUUAAUGCAGAAUCUCAAAAUGAAGCUAUUUUGAGAACAACUGGAAAAGGAAGAAUUCCACGCCCACGUUCAACAGGACCAUUUAGUUUAGAAGUAGAUGAUAUCGAACAAAUGUUUAAACCAAAACAAGUAGAAAGCAAACUGCCAGAACCUGUUGAAAUAAAUGCAGAAGAAAUAUUAAAUCUGCCAGAUAUUCAGCUACCUCAAACAAGAUUAAGACCACCUGCAUCAGCUGUGAAACUUCUGAACAGCUCAGCCGAAGCCACCGUGGCAUUGAACUUAGUGAUGGCUCAGCUAGCUGCCCAGGAGAUUCCAGUAGUAGUUGAAGCUUUUGCCCAAGUUGAAGAAGUAUUAAGACAAGAAGACAAGGCUGAAGCAGUACUAGGCUCAAGAGUAGAUCAACUGUUACUAAUGGGGGCUCUUCAAUAUCGUUUGGCUCAUAACAAACACAUGGCUGAUGAAAACAUAUGCAAGGCAGAUGUGAUUCGUCUAUAUCGAUGUGUGUCAAUGACACUACUGUCACUUUUCGAUCAUAAAACACUAGCAAAACGUGCCAGUCGGGAUGUUCUACGUGAUCUCAUUCCACAUUUAAUUACUGUUAUGUUGGAUACACGUUUAAAUGAGUUACAAGAAGGUCCACAGGUUGUGAGAGCUAUCAAUGUACUUACUGUACAUAUUCUCCAACGUUCUAAUCCAACUCACGUUAUGAGUGCUUUAAUCAAACUGUUACAUGAUUGUGUUGGUAGUUUGAAUGCUUCAGAAAGAUUUACAGAGUUGGUAAUGAAAUGCUUAUGGAAAAUGUUAAGAAUGAUGGGUAAUUAUAUUGAUGAAUUGAAUGUUGAUCGUAUAUUGCUAGAUCUCCACGUAUUUUUGAAAACCUACCCAUCGUCAUAUUGGAGGGACAGACCAUCAGAUACUCCAAUCAGAACUGUGAAAACAGUUUUGUACACAUUAGUUAAAUAUAAAGGAGAAGACAUUACAAAACAUCUGAUGUUAAUCCCUAAUCGUCAAGAUUCUGAUUUAGUUAUUUAUUUACAGAAGUUAAUUUACAUGAGAAAAGAUGGGGAUUUGAAGACUGGCUCAGGAACAAAGACAAGUUCCUCUUCACACUUUGAUAACCAACCAGAAACUGGAACAGGAGGUUCAAAAAAGAGUAAAAAUUCUCCAAUGCGAUUGUCAAAGUCUACUCAUGAAUCCUUAGCAGAAAUUUUCAAAAAAAUAGGUUCCAAAGAACAUACUAAGGAAGGUUUAAUGGAAUUAUAUGAAUUUCGACAGAAACAUCCUCAGGCAGAUAUAGAGCCAUUCCUUCAGAGAUCAUCUGAAUUUUUUCAAGAUUAUAUCCGUAAAGGAUUAGAGACAAUAGAUCAAGAAAGAGGAUCACACAAAACAGAGGCUGCUGCUACUACUUCACCAUCUCCAUUUGCCUUUUCUGAUUUACAGAAUGCAAAAACUGUAAUGACAUCUACGCCAACUAGUAAAGAAAAUCAAACUGCGGGAAACAAUAAAACUCGAAAUAAUUCUAAUACAAAUAACUGGUCUCAGAAUUUUCCACCCGUACCACCCGAUUCGGAAGACACCACACCGAUGGACUGGAUCGAAUGGCUGAAAUCUGUCGCUGCACACUUGGGUCAAGAUAGUUCAAAGUAUGACGAUCCCACUUUACUACAGAGAAUUACAGAAACGCCUUUUCAACAGACCGAAUCGGGCAUCAUGUCUGAAGAAGAAAUGAAGUACAUCCAAAACGGUGUUGAAGAACUGAAAGCGAUGUUAGAGAACUUCAAACAGCAGUACUAUAAGGAAAUGUGCGUAAACUAAACAUAGUUGGAGGUGUUAAUUCUGUGAUGGUCUUCCCAAAGAAAUGUAAUCUUCCGUGCUGUGCACUAAUGCGUAAUUUUGCAUAAAUAACUAGUAAUCUUGUGUAACGUCUUUUUAUUUUCAUUUUAUAGGCUGUAAGAUGAUUUAAAUGUGUAGCUGGUUUUAAGCUUAUCACAAUGUCUUAAUGUGCUGUGAUUAUAACAUUUGAAAGUACAUUUGCAACAGAUAUUUGUUUUGUACAAUAAUGUGAUUAAAGUAUUUUCAGUCCUAUAA